ACAACAGUGAAUCUUCCUCUUUUUUUUCAGGUUGACGAAUUUGCCAUGUCCAACACAUUUGAAAAGGUGAUCGUCAUUGACGGCAAGGGCCAUCUUCUUGGUCGUCUCGCUUCCAUCGUUGCCAAGCAGGCUUUGAACGGUCAAAAGAUCGUCAUUGUCCGUUGCGAGGAACUCAACGUCUCUGGCAGCUUCUUCCGUAACAAGUUGAAGUACCAUGCUUACCUCAACAAGCGUUGCAUCGUUAACCCCAACCGUGGUCCUUUCCAUUUCCGCGCUCCUUCCCGCAUCUUCUACAAGGCUCUCCGUGGUAUGGUUGCUCACAAGACCGCUCGCGGUGCUGCUGCCCUUGACCGCAUCAAGCUUUUCGAGGGUGUUCCUCCCCCAUACGACAAGAUGAAGCGCAUGGUUGUCCCCACUGCUCUCCGCGUCUUGAAGCUUAAGCCCGGCCGCAAGUACACCACCGUUGGCCGUAUCUCCCACGAAGUUGGCUGGAAAUACCAGGAUGUUGUUGCCAAGCUCGAGGAGAAGCGCAAGGCCAAGUCUGCUGCUUUCUAUCAGCGCAAGAAGGCUGUCACCGCCCUCAAGGCCAAGGCUGCUGCCUCCAAGGCUGACUCCAUCAAGUCUGUCAACGAGUCUAUUGCUGCUUAUGGCUACUAAAUUUCUCAACUUGAUUGUUACAAAAUAAAAUAAAAAUCCAUGAUUGACACUUAUUAUCUAUCAUACUAUGUUCAUUAGAAAAAAAAAAAGA